AAAAUUCUUUGUCUGCACAGUCGCUUUUUUUUAAAAGCCCCUAGAACCGAUUCUGAAGUGAUUCAGAUGGGAAAGGCUUUACUCAAGUAAGCUAAGCUAGGGAGCAACAUCACUGAAGGAAAUACACAAGCUCUCUCCAAACGCUGAGGUAGCACCGCUAUGGAUCCGUCAUCUCCUCCACCAGAGCAGGAAACAGAAAACUGUGUGAGUGAACCAGGAAGAAUAACUAUGGAUCAGUCAUCUCCUCCACCAGAGCAGGAAACAGAAAACUGUGUGAGUGAACCAGGAAGAAUAACUAUGGAUCAGUCAUCUCCUCCACCAGAGCAGGAAACAGAAAACUGUGUGAGUGAACCAGGAAGAAUAACUAUGGAUCCGUCAUCUCCUCCACCAGAGCAGGAAACAGAAAACUGUGUGAGUGAACCAGGAAGAAUAACUAUGGAUCCGUCAUCUCCUCCACCAGAGCAGAAAACAGAGAACUGUGUGAGUGAACCAGGAAGAAUAACAGAGCUAGUUCGCCUGCGUCGCUUCCUGUGCUAUGGCUCAGAGAGCGCCACCUAUAGAGCGCGCGAGGAGCAGAACCUGUCCCUCAGGUGUGCCUCGUCCCUAACCGAGCUGCUUGAGGCCGGCCGAGGCAGGGAGGCAGUGCAGGAGGUGCGAGGGAUGAAUCUGAGGGGCGCAGUCAGAAGCUCAGGCCCCACCUUGUUCGCCCUGGCCGUGAUCUCGCAGUACUCGGAUGUGGAGGCCAAGCGAGCGGCGUACAGCCUGCUCAGAGAGGUGUGCCCGUCUGCGAGUGACCUUUUCUGCUUCGUUCAGUAUAAGAAGGAGCUGAGCGGCGCCGGUCAGCGCGGCAUGUGGGGUCGAGCGCUAAGGAAAGCCGUGGCAGACUGGUACAACGGACGUGACGGUCUCAGCCUGGCACGCGACAUCACCAAGUGUAGAAGGAAAGGAGGCUGGUCUCAUCAGGACCUGUUCCGACUGUCGCAUCUGAAGCCGGCCAAUGACGCCAUCACUGUCGUGAGUAAGUACGUGACUAAAGGCUGGAAGGUGGUGCAUGAGAUGUACGCAGGCAGAGGGAAUAAGGAGGAUGUGAUGAAGGUGUUUAUGUAUCUGGAGGCUGUGGAGAGGGCCAAACACUCGUUCUAUGAGCUGGAGGUGGUGCAUCUGAUUGAGGAGUACAAACUGGAGAGAGAACACGUCCCCGCAAAACUUUUGAAGUCCCGAGAGGUGUGGAGAGCUCUGCUGAAGGACAUGUCCAUCCCCGUGCUGCUCUCACAUCUGGGAAAAAUGACCGCUGACAGAAUGCUGGACUUGGGAAGUCCGGACACAGUGCCUGUGUGCAAGAGGAUUUGGGAUGGACGCGCUCUACUGAAUGCUAAAACUCAUCCGCUUAACGUCCUGCUGGCGGCUGAGAUCUACAUGCGAGGUUACGACAAGCGAGGGAAGUCAAAAUGGAACCCGAACAGAGACGUCAUUCAAGCACUAGACUCCGCCUUCUACAAGUGUUUCCCAAACGUCGAGUCUACGGGGAAGCGCUUCGUAGUUGGAGUGGACGUGAGCUCUCAACAGGAAAGCCUUGCUCUCGGCAGCCUCGUCAAGACGGUGACGGUCGCCGCAGCCAUGAGCAUGAUGAUCACCCGGAGUGAACCGAACGCUGACGUUGUGCUGUUUUCAGAAGGAGCCGUUGUUCCCUGCACCAUCUCGGCCGAUUCGUCUCUCCCCCAAAUAACCAUGCAGUUAAUGCAGGUGCGCAGUAAUUGUACAAACUGCGCUCUGCCUAUCCAGUGGGCCUCGGAAAAUGACAAAAUGGUGGAUGUGUUUGUUGUUUUCACCAACAAUAAUGAAACCGGUCCGGAGAAGUCGAAUCUGGCGGAGACGCUCAGGACCUACAGACAGAAAACUGGGAUAUUUUCGAAGCUGAUCGUCUGCGGCAUGACGACCAACAGCCUUGACGUGAUCGAUCCGGACGAUCGCGGCAUGCUGGAAACGUGUGGGUUCGACUCUCACACCGUCACCGUCAUCCACAACUUCAUCACGGACGUCAUAUGAGAGAGGUGCACCAUGGGAAAGUACAUCGAGGAAAAAGGAAGCGAGAAAUGAAAUGUUCAUGCGUUUCUGCUCUUUUCUGUAAGGUCCAGCAGAAACACAGAACGGCUAACUUCAUUACUGCGCUUUAAAGCUAGGACACUACCACAUUCAGUUUGACCAAAACUAUAUUUCUGGUAUUGAAAAAUUUCCUGGAUGCCGUUGUGUGACAAUAGAAGGUAGCUUUUUUUUUGUGGGUUUUCUUUUUUUUUUUUUUAAACAGCCUCCUAAGCUAUUAAAUUCUACUUUUUAGCCAAGUUUGGAACGACGGAUUGUGCGUGAAGAAAUAAAGUCGUGAUGAUGUAUUGUGAACGAGACGCUGUUGAGGUUCAUUUAAAGCAAAAAUCGAAAGAUAAAACCGGAAAUUGUUAUAGUUUACGCAGAUAUUGAUUAAAUUUGUCAUUUGUUUAGUCCUUUUUAUAUAAAUUUAAUAAUCUAGUAACAGAAAUGAACACAAUAAUUUAACUUGGAUUUACCUUCUAGAAACAGAAAAAAAUUUCCAUUGUGAAUUGUUAGUGUUAAAUGUUGUUUGAGUUGAAUGUCCUGAAUGUGUUGAAAAAAAUCUUUUGACGAUUAGUUUUGCUGAUUUAGUUAUUAGAGCAUUUUUAUUCAUUAUCAUUGUUGUUAUUUUAACGUUAGUUGAUUUAAGACGUGUGUUUUGAGUUGACCAUAUUAGCGCACUCUUUAAUCUCUUCCAUAUGAUGGACGUUUCUUGGUUGGAAUGGGCGGAGCUUAAAUUGUUUUCAAUCCUUUCAGACGGAAGUAGUGCUUUUACCCUCGAAUGCUUUUUUUUUUUAACUUGCGUGAUUGUAAAUCCCAUAAUGAUCAGCUGUAGCCACUUGUGCUAACAUUACCCAGCUUUGUGUUUCGUUAGCUAACGUUAACCUUAACAUCGACUUUCUUCAUAUAAGGAUGUUGCAUUGCGAGCUGUUCAAGUUCUUGACCAAGCUAAAUAACUAGCUGGUUUUUUUUUGGUGCAUCAGAUUUAUGCUAAAUGCAAGAUUCCUGAGCGGAGUCCGGAUUUAUGCUAGGAAUGUUCAGGUUUGUGAUAGGCUCAUCAAGUUUAAAUUAUUAAGCUCCACCUAUUUUGACCACACAAACGUUGAAUGUCAGUGUGGGAACAUUUUACGUUUUAUUUAGACCAAAGUCUGAUGACAUUACCUACUAAUGAGCGAAAUCUAACAUAGCUGUUAAUGAGCCACUAACUCCUGUCAUGCGAGGAAACUUGUUCUGAUCAAAGCCCGGAAUUAUUAUUUUUUUCUUUCUCGAACUUCCGAUGUUGUUUUUAACCCACUCGCUGAAUCUCGUCAGUCAGCUAGAGAACUCGCAAGAGUGCUGAUGAUCUGAGUUGUUAAGUAGCUAGCGUAGAAAGAAUCAUCAUAUACUUUUUCGAUGCUCCAGUUUUCUCUUCCUUUUUCCUUCAAAAAUGAUGUCAAGGAGGGUGUGAGUCAAAGGUAUUGGAACACAUCCGUUGUCGGUUGCAGUAGCUAACGGUUUCGUUUCAAGACGUUAAAAUUGAACUGUCAAGUUUAUGAUUGUUCAAGAUGAUUAACACUCGAGUGAAGAUUUCUACGAUGGAAGUUUUGGCUGACGCCUCAUCAGAAGUCAAACGAAUGCACUGUGAUAUUUGCUGUAACUGUCGAAUUCUGCUUUGUACCUCUCCUUUAAGUCUCACACUGCAGCAGACACCACAACGCUUGGAACUGAAUGCUUACCACUUCAUACAAAGACCUUUGUUAAAAGGGGGAAAAAUGAAAUAAAAUGGGGGAAAAAAAUGUG